AUAUCGGUAUAUCGGCGGCUUGCCACCAUCUCUAGCGCCUGUAGUAAUUAUCCUUUGAGCAUAGCGAAAACCCUCAAGUUCAAUCAGCUUUAGCUUGCAAGUCCUGUGUCCUUAGUUAGGGCACAGCCGUAUAACAUCUUGUGGAGGACACAACCUUGGUCAAACCAUCGGUAAGGGCCGCCCAGACCACUCAAAGGCCCCAACCAAGCCCAGGACUCUGAAGGCUAGCUGCGCGAAGGUGUCCCGUCCGGCAAGUAAAACACGGGGGGAACGGGGACCCGGGAACGGCGACCUUCAUAUUAAAUAAUACAUGUACAUACCUUAGCGUGCGUACGGGGCCAGUGUGCGUGCGUUUGUGUGUGUCCGCGCGGUCGUGUGUGGGUGCAUUGGAAGUCCAAGAAGAUAUCAAAUAAAAUAAAAUAAAAUAAAAUAAAAGAAAACACACAAAAUAAUAGGCAGUGAUGCAAACAGUUUGAAUAAAAGGUAUUUUGCUGCAAGCCCAAACCAAAGCCAACCAAGUAAAAAAAGGGCAUUGCAGUAAGGCUAAAAUGCAACACCCGCUCCCCUGUCCUGCUGCAUGCGGACGUGGGUGGCAUAGCGGCGCACUCUAAACGCAAGCGCAGACCAUCAGCCGAGCAAAACUAGCAAACAUCCCACAGUCACGGCCAGGGCCACGGCCAAUGCGAAGGUGAAGCCAACAACACCAUCACGAAGAGCGACACCGACACCGAACACCGACUAGAAGGAGAGAACGUAGCAUUGAAGGAAGGAAGGACAGAGGUUCAGGGUCAUGGUCAAGCAGCUGUAGAGCCAGAGAUUGCGACCAUGUCGAGCGAAUCGUCAACGGAGAGCGACAGCGAACUGUACGACCCGCUGGCCGAGGAGCUGCAUAAUGUGCAGCUGGUCAAGCAUGUCACCAGGGAGAACAUCGAUGCCCUGAACGCCAAGUUUGCCAAUCUCCAAGAGCCGCCGGCCAUGUACUUAAUAGAAUACCAGGAGCUCACGUCGAAGCUGCAUGAGCUGGAGGCCAAGGAGCACGAGCUGAUGGAGCAGCUGAAUGCGUUGCAGCAGGAGGACGAUGGCAUUCAGAGUGCGGCGGACCUACAGCAGCAACGCAACUUGGCGGAUAGGGAUCAGCCGCACUACCAGAACCAGACGCAGAUCCUGCAGCAGCAGCGGCAGCUGGCGCGAGGACCUUUGGGCUACCAUGGCAGCGACUUGACCGACAGCCUGAUGUCGAAUCCGGGCUCCGGUAGCACCAGCCAGUGCGGCACGCUCACCCGCCAGCCCAAGAUCCUGCUGCGGGCCCAUCUGCCCAAUCAGCAGCGCACCUCGGUCGAGGUGGUCGCCGGCGUGCGACUCUGCGAUGCUCUGAUGAAGGCGCUCAAGCUGCGCCAGCUGACGCCGGACAUGUGCGAGGUGAGCACAUCGCAUAGCGGGCGACAUAUCAUACCGUGGAACACGGACAUUGGCACGUUGCAUGUGGAGGAGAUAUUUGUGCGGCUGCUGGACAAGUUCCCCAUUCGGACGCAUACGCAGCAUCAGAUCAUACGCAAGACAUUCUUCUCGCUGGUCUUCUGCGAGGGCUGCCGGCGGCUACUCUUCAGCGGGUUCUACUGCAGUCAGUGCAACUUCCGCUUCCAUCAGCGGUGCGCGUCCCUGGUGCCGAUGCUGUGCCAGCCCUUCCCCAUGGACAGCUAUUACCAGCUACUGCUGGCCGAGAAUCCGGACAACGCCCUCGGGUUUACCGGACGCGGCACGGCCGUCCGAUUCAACGUGAGUAGCCGCAGCCGUAGCCGGCGAUGCAGCAGCAGCGGGAGCAGCAGCAGCUCUAAACCUUCUGCAAACCAUCGACAGGGCCGGCCGCCUCGCAUUAGCCAGGACGACCGCUCCAAUUCCGCUCCCAAUGUGUGCAUCAAUAACAUCCGAUCGGUGACCACUGAGGUGCAGCGCAGCCUCAUAAUGCACGCAAGGCCGCCAUUGCCGCAUCCCUGCACGGAUCACUCGAACUCGACCCAGGCCUCGCCCACGAGCACUCUCAAGCAUAAUCGACCCCGUGCCCGAUCCGCCGACGAGAGCAACAAGAAUCUGCUGUCGCGCGAAGACAAGAGCUCCGAGGAGAAUUGGAACAUUAAGGCGGAGGAGAUACUAAUUGGACCGCGCAUUGGUUCCGGCUCCUUUGGUACCGUUUAUCGGGCCCAUUGGCAUGGCCCCGUGGCCGUCAAGACCCUUAACGUUAAGACGCCCAGUCCCACCCAGCUGCAGGCCUUCAAGAACGAGGUGGCCAUGCUGAAGAAGACGCGCCACUGCAACAUUCUGCUCUUCAUGGGCUGUGUGUCGAAGCCAUCCCUGGCGAUUGUCACCCAAUGGUGCGAGGGCAGCAGCCUCUAUAAGCAUGUCCACGUCAGCGAGACUAAGUUUAAGCUGAACACGCUCAUCGACAUUGGCCGGCAAGUGGCCCAGGGCAUGGACUAUCUCCAUGCCAAGAACAUCAUACACAGAGACCUGAAAUCGAACAACAUUUUCCUCCACGAGGAUCUGUCGGUGAAGAUUGGCGAUUUCGGACUGGCUACAGCGAAGACCAGAUGGUCGGGCGAGAAGCAGGCCAACCAGCCGACGGGCAGUAUUCUAUGGAUGGCACCUGAGGUGAUACGGAUGCAGGAGCUAAAUCCCUACUCCUUCCAGUCGGAUGUGUACGCCUUCGGUAUUGUGAUGUACGAGCUGCUGGCCGAGUGCCUGCCCUACGGUAACAUCAGCAACAAGGAUCAGAUCCUGUUUAUGGUGGGACGCGGCCUGCUGCGACCCGACAUGAGCCAGGUGCGCUCCGAUGCCCCACAGGCACUGAAGCGCCUGACCGAGGACUGUAUCAAGUACACGCCCAAGGACAGACCGCUCUUCCGCCCGCUGCUCAACAUGCUCGAGAAUAUGUUGCGCACGCUGCCCAAAAUCCAUCGCAGCGCCAGCGAGCCCAAUUUGACGCAGUCCCAGCUGCAGAACGACGACUUCCUCUAUCUGCCCAGCCCCAAGACGCCGGUGAACUUUAACAAUUUCCAGUUCUUUGGCAGUGCUGGCAACAUCUAAUUUGGGGAUUCGCAACGAGGCGAGGCGUGGCGUAACGUGGCGUGGCUGCUGUACCUGUACUUACAAAACCCUGAAAAUUCCCUGAAGCAAUGAAAAGGGGGAUGCCUAUCCAAAGUGAUCUUUAACUGUUUGUUUAACUGUUUUUUUUCUCUUGGUUUUAUUCCUUCCUGUACAUAACUCGUCCCGUGUGAGCGAGAGACGGAAAGCGAGCGAAUCAGAGGGAGACGGAGACAAAGGACGGACGACUCAGACAUUGAAUCAGACGGAGACGGAAGACGAGUGACGGUGGACGGAGGAGGGUGUCGAGUGUCUCGUCUCUCUCGCACAUGAUGAUAAGUGGACGUGGACGGACCAAAAAAUACCAAUACCUCUGUGCUGCUUCUGCUUAUUCUUCCAAACACCACCCCCUAACCCCCGAACAAAAACUGAUAAACGUGCAUUUCUGUUACUGUUAACUGCAACGCCCAUGUGUAUAUACCUUGCAACAUAAUUUAUAAAAGUUAGGCCCCACAAACUAAACUAAAACUAUGUAAACUAGCUGAUCCACUAGCGAUUACAUUAAACACAUAAUACAUACAAUACUACAAAA